CGUUGGCGUUUAAACCUUACGAGACUAACGUCGUCUCGAAGAAGUCGUCCUCCGACGAGAGUAGACCUGCUUCCAAAGCGAGUGUUCACAGUGUCAGUGGUCAAGAGAGUUGUGGUGUGAGUGCGAGUGAUAACGGGAAUCACGCGGAGAAAAAGUCAUCGGGAAAUCGUACGCCCGUCGGUCGGAAGUCGGCCUCGCCCGCGAGUCAAGCGACGGCCACGGCGAGCACCACACCGUCCAUCGUCGAUCGCAAGACGCCGGCGGAUCGAGAGAAAACCGACGGAUCGCCUCGUAGCAACAACAACAACAACAACAACAACAACAACAACAACAACAAUGNNNAACGAGCCCGAUCAUUAGAUCCGGUAUGGAGAUACUUUCCGGCGGCCACGCCAAGGAUACCAAUUUGGCCGCGUACAAGCCCGGCACUCUCGCAGGAUUCUCGGGAAAUCCGUUGUGCUGUCCACCCGGAUUGGCGGAAAAUCCGGCUUUCAGACCGCCGUUCGCCGGCGCGUCGCCUUUCUCGCAUCAUCACGCCGCCGCGGCCGCCCUCCUCGGUUAUCCGUCGAGCACCCCCACGGGCGGAAAUCCGUAUCUGAGCUACGCCCGCGUGAAGACGCCCGCCGGUGGAGAGGCUUUGGUCCCGGUGUGCAAGGAUCCUUACUGCACCGGUUGCCAAUACAGUAUGCACAGCGCGCAAUUGAUGAUGGGCACAGGAAGCUGCCCGAGCGGAUGCACGCAAUGCGACCAUCAGAAAUACGGUCUCGCGAUGGCGUUGUCGUCGUUCGGCCCCAUGGCACCCCCGUCGCUCUCCUACCCGUCCACGUUGACCGGGGGCAGGCCGUACGUCUGCAAUUGGAUCGCUGGCGAUUCUUACUGCGGGAAACGGUUCACCACCUCGGAGGAACUUCUCCAACAUCUUCGCAGCCACACCAGUUUGACCGGUGGCGAUCACGCGUCCUCUUCGGCGGCUCUUCUCGCCAAUCCGCACCCGCAUCCUUUGCUCUCGCCGUCGGCAGCUCUCCACCGCGCGAGCGCCGCCGCCACUUAUCCGACGCCUUCGCUCAGCCCCCUCGGCGCUAGAUACCAUCCGUACGGGAAACCGCCGACGGGGCCUCUUCCAGCCUCGUUAGCCGCCUCGCCUUACAGCGCGUUCAACGCGCUUGGACCCUACUACUCCCCGUACGCGAUCUACGGGCAAAGGAUCGGCGCCGCCGUACACCCUUGAAUCGUGGAUACCCGUGAAUCGUGUCGAACGUUCUCAGUGUACGGUCCAUCGUUGGUGUAAACGUAGCGC